UGUUUGUUUUUCUGUAUAACCUUUUGUUUUCAGUGAUUGAGUCAUGGCAUCCAGGCAGGAGAAGGAGGAGAGGGCUGAGGCAGCAGCAUGGCAGGCAGCAUCUGAUCUCAGGGACGUUAAUAGAGAAAGAGAAUGCUAUGAAGAACGAGAGGCCAAAAUGGCCACAGAUCAACCACAACAAGAAAGACCAGGGGUUAUUGGAUCGGUGUUAAGAUCAGUUGCUGACACUUUGGGGCAUGCUAAAGAUGCUGUUGUUGGUAAGAGUUUUGAGGCUGCAGAGCAAACAAGGGAAACUGCUGAUGCAGCAGAAGAGAAGGCUAGAGAGAAUAAGGAUUCUGUUGCAGAGAAGGCGAAGGGGUAUAAGUAUUAUACGACUCAGAAGGCGAAAGAGACUACAGAUUCUGCUGCAUCUAAGAUAAAUGAAACCAAGGAAUCAGCUAAAGAGAAGGUUGAGAAGACAAAGGAAUCAGCAAAGCAAAAGAUUGGAGAGUAUGAAGAUAAGGCGAAAGAGUACAAAGAUUAUGCCGCUCAGAAAGCCAAGGACACCAAGGAUUCGGUGAUGGGAAAGGUCGAUGAGUACAAAGAUUAUGCAUCAGAGAAAGCUAAGGAAACAAAGAAUUCUGCUUUAGAGAAGACAGGUGAGUAUAAGGAUUACGCUGCAGAGAAGUCAAAGGAAACGAAGGAUUAUACAGCAGAGAAAGCAAAGGAAGGAAAGGAUGUUACUGUUAGUAAGCUCGGAGGGCUCACAGAGUCGGCUAAAGAUGCUGCAAGAAAAGCCGUGGACUUCUUAUCUGGUAAAAAAGAGGAAGUGAAAGAGAAAGCAGCAGAGACUACAGAGGCAACCAAGGAGAAAUUGAGUGAAACCGAGGAGGUGGCAAGGAGGAAAACGGAGGGGAUGAAGCUGAGAGCUGAAGAACAUAGAGAGGAAGCUGCCCAAAAAGAAGCUAAAGAUAUUGAAGCUGAAAGAGGAACUACAACAAGAGAGACAAUCUUUGACAGUCUAGGGUUUGGGUCAAUUAAGGACACCAUAAGAGGGAAGUUGACAACGGCAGAGGACAUUGCUGAAGAAACAAAGGCUGCACGUGAGCGCGGAGGUACCGGACGAAAGUGUUUAAAUAAAGAUACUGGGAAUGAGGAGAUGGUGAUCCCCAUUGAAGAGAAUGCCACGGGAGCUGUGGCAUCCAUCCUAAAAGCGUCCGAUCAGAUGAGUGGUCAAACUUUCAACGAUGUUGGACGAAUGGAUGAUGAGGGAGUCAUUCGAGUGGAAAUGGAAUGCACUCCAAAAUUGAGCAAAGAUCGCUGAGAGUUGAGGUAGAGAUAUAUA